CAUCUUCUUCUUCUUCUCACUCUCACUCUCUGCAUCAUCAAUGGCGUUUUCUCUGAAACCUUCAUCUCGGUACAGUUCCUACGAUUCCCGAUCCUCAACCUCUUCUCACUUCUCCGAUCCAUCUUCAUCCUAUGAAUUGACCUCGAACCACCACCACCACCAGAAAUCCUCUUCAUCCCGUGCUCUUGUGAAGGCGAAACCCUCAACCGUAGUAGCUUCCACCAAGAAGGUGGACCCUACUCUGACCACGAUGGUGAAGAGGUUCAUGGAGAAGAAGCCCAAGGCGGCGGGGACCAGGUUGACCAUUCCCUGCGAUGUGAUUGCCCAGGAUCUGAAGAAGGAUGCGAAGAAGGUUGCGGGUUUCUCUGCGCUGCAGAAGAAGCUGUUCGGGAAAGGCACGGCGUCGUCGUCGGAGAAGAAGAAGGAGAAGGUGAAGGCAUUGACUGAGGUGAAGGGGAAUACCAGGACUCUGGCUAUGGUGCUUAGGAGUGAGAGGGAGCUUCUCAAUAUCAAUAAGGAGCAUGAGAUGGAGAUUUCUCAGCUCAAGCGCAUGCUUGAGGACAAGAAUAAAGAGGUGGAAAAGCUGAAGGAUUUGUGCUUGAAGCAAAGAGAGGAAAUCAAGUCGUUGAAGAGUGCGGUACUCUUCCCGGAUGUGAUGAAUUCUCAGCUUCAAGAUCUUGUGGAGAAGCAAGGCUCAGAAUUGAAGCAGGCCAAACAGGUCAUUCCAGCUCUUCAACAGCAGGUUUCUUCUCUCACUGGUCAGCUUCAAAGCCUGGCAGAGGAUCUUGCAGAGGUCAAGGCUGAUAAGUAUUCAGCAAAAGCAGGGCUCCAAGGUUAUGGAAGUUCUCCAAGAACACCAACACAUGCCCGGGAAGAUGCUUCAAACUCUUGGGACUUCAGCUCUGAGGACAUGGAUGAUGACCUAUUACUCAAAGAUCUAAAUCCCUGCUUAACACCUUGCAAUGUCAAGUCAAGAUCCAGGGAAUUUGAGGGUAUGUGCUCUGGCUCUCUGCAUGAGGACAGCUUAUCUGGGGAUGAUGCCAAAAUAUGUCCUGUGUUGGAUGAUUUUAGCUCUUAUGAUCAGAAGUUUUCAAAGAGUUCUGACUCCUGCUAUAGCUCCAACAAAAUAAGCAUCACUUCCAAAGCUGGUAGGAGAUCUAAUGAGAGAAAAUCAUCCUUAUGGAGGUAGAAUGCCAUAACUUGCAUAAAUAACCUCAAUCAUGUUCCUUGUUGAGAUUUCUCAUCUCAUGUGGCCAUCUUUCAGUUUUGUCAGUAUACCAUGUCUGUUUCAGAAAUUGGUCUCUAAAAACAUGUAAGAUUAAAUUAUUACUCGUUGUAUAUGGUGCACAAGAAUAAGGUUUUGAAAUCAA